AUGAAGCUCGUGAGGUGAAUGUCUCUCGUCAUUCCUGUCGAUCUCCGUUUCUUUUGGUCUGGAUUCUAUUUGGGGUUUUUGUGCCCGCUAUCUUCUACGCGCGUUGCUGAGUUCUGUGUUUCUCCAGGUUUUUGAUGAAGUUGAAUAACGAGACCGUCUCCAUCGAGCUGAAGAACGGCACGGUCGUCCACGGGACUAUAACAGGUCACAUUCUGUUCUGUCUCGUCGUCUGUUCGCUUCGUUUGUGACCUACUUAAAAUAUUUUUUUCUCUGCUUGGUUUCCUUCUGGGUUUUUAUCAAAGACAACGAGCAUGUAAUUUCCUUCCAGGACAACGAGUUUUUGGUCAUAUAAUUUGAAGCCUAUGUAUUACUGUGUAGAAAAAGAAUUCGACCAUCUAAAAAAAAUUGGUCUCUUGAAUGCUUGUGCUUUAUACAAGAUAGCCGUCUAUGAUACGGGCAUUUGUGUCUGGCUUCCUAGUUUGCCAUUUUUUUAUAAUAUCUAGGAUGACCGAGUGUUUUUUUUUGUGUGGUAAUUUAUAGUCUCUGACGUCUAGUUUGGUGGAUUGGAACACUUUAGGCGCAUCCGAAUGCAAAUAUUGGCGCACUUAUAUCAUAAAAUUGGCGUGGCUGUUUCUAAUGAUGAACUUUCUAGACGAAUAGAUUAUUUUCCGGGAAAUUGUAAUAUAGCAUUCUUCUCGCUCUUCCUUUCGUCCAGUUGUCACACUUUAAACAUGUCUUCCUGGAAAUCGCUGGCUUCCGUUUUUGGCUCGAAUGAUAUUACUGAAACUCACUUUUCAAACUUUGCAGCUGGUCCGAGAUGUAAUGAAGUUCUUCUUUUGUUAAUAUUCUCGUUAUGUUAUUUUUUUUCUUUUCCUCUUUUGUGCUGCUUCUAAAAUGUGGCAGUAUUUGGCCGAGAAACCUACAUGUUGGAUCAUACUGAGGUCCAUAGGCAAUGGUUAGAAGUCCUUGAAAAAUACCAUGGAAUGACCCCGUGUGCUCUAAACUACUGACCCAGAAUUGCUGAAAACGGUGUUAUCUCUCUAAAUGGCAUGAUAUUGUGUGAUCCCGCUGGUCAUAAUUUUUUAGUUUAUAUCAUUUGUCAUGGGACGAGGUGAUACAUUAUCAGGUGCUUAUUUAUGGGACAGUCAAAAGUGUGAACUGCAUGAUUUUUUACAAUAAACUGGCUACAAAUUCUGUUUGUUUUUUAGUUGAAGGGAUUAGCUGAUAUUCAAAUAGUCUUAACUCAACUGUGAUUGUUAUUAUGUAUCCAACUGAGAUGUAUAUCGACUAGUCCGAUCAUAAUUUGUACAGCGAUGGGUGAUAGGUUUGGAGAAGCGUAAUUUCUGUUUGGAAAAUGCUCAUCAAAUUCUUGAUAGAAUCUUUUUUGUAUGCACCUCCACAGUGCUAAGAAUACAAGCAUAAAUUCUCACGUAAGUAUCUAUAAGUGGAAUAACUAAUUGUAGAUAACGUAGAUCCCAAUUGAAGGGAAACAAAUCAAAUGUUUCGGAUUUCAACCUAGUUUCAAGUAGAGUCAUCUACAUAUGUUCAACUUCUCUUGGCAACUAUGAAUAGCUUGAUGCAGAUGACCUUUCAUGAGCAUUGUCGCAUGCAAACAGGUAUUCCUGUCCAGCCAAAUGCAAAGGGCCUAGAAAGUGAAUGCACACCAUCAAUAUUGACUUGAGCAACCAAAUAUGGCUGAUUGUGGACGGCUGCUAUGUAGGUUGGCUAGUUGCCAUGGUUAUCUGGGCAUUACUUUUCCCCUGGAGAAAAAUUUGAAAUCAUCGUGUCAUACAGGUUUCAGUUAUGCUAUUCUCGCACUGUAAAUGAAGAUAAAUGAAGAAAGGUUUAUUCCAAAUCUUGUUAAUCGGAAGUCAUAUAAGCACAUCCCUACAGUGUUGUGCGGAAAUUGGCUGAAUUUUGUUCAGAAACUAGAGAACUCUUUCAGCUGUGACUUUCUAUAUUUGCUGAAUGUCCUCCAUGGAUCCAUUACUGUGGAAAUCCUGAGUUAGUCGUUAUUGUUCAACAUUCGUUGUUGGAGGAGGGCAUGCCCCUUUUAAGUGAAUUUAGAAUUUGAUUUUUUCAGAUGUUAGAACGAAAUCGUUGCCAAAGCUGAUGAGCGUGUAAAUUUAAACUUAUGAUGAUUAAUUCUUUGUGGUCACAGGAGUGGACAUCAGUAUGAACACGCACCUGAAGACAGUGAAGCUUACGCUGAAGGGGAAGAAUCCGGUGUCCCUUGACCAUCUAAGCGUGAGGGGCAACAACAUCCGCUAUUACAUUCUCCCUGACAGCUUGAACCUCGAGACCUUGCUGGUUGAAGAAACGCCAAGGGUCAAGCCGAAGAAGCCGACUGCUGGUAGAUAGCUUCCCCCCUUUUCCAUUCAUGGGUUUGUUCUUCUGCCCCACCUUAAUGCAUUAUUCUGAUUUCUCUCCUUUGUUGAUCUAGGGAGACCUACAGGGCGCGGCAGGGGCCGCGGCCGUGGCCGUGGUCGUGGCCGAGGCCGUUAG